AUGGAUGGGACAAGUACGAAAACAACCAACGGCUUAGGCCUUGCUCAGAACCCAUCUGCCUCGUCAGAUCAAGAUCACUCCGUCUCGACGCUGCCGGAAUUCAGCGCCGGGUGUGCUGAUGACACCAGGUCAUCGAUAUCAUCGGACAAGAGUGACUCCAAACCACCCAGAAGCGCAAUGCGACGGACAUCAAGUAUUCCGAAAAUCCCACAAAGUCCGCGACGAGUGCGGUUCGAUUUCAUGGGCGAAGAAGUGCUACCAACAACGUCUCCUCAACCCAGCGCAUUUAUUUCUGCCCGCAUUCCUUCACCCGAUCCUUUGGGUGACGAAACAAAUUGCGCUUCACACCUUGCCACAGAGCCUGGAGAAGAAGAGGAGGAGGAGCAAGCACCGCCACGCAAGGUCUCAUCAUCCGAUGCAUUGCGAGCCCUGUCCAGGGCGCCUCUAGAAGAAGAUGGAACCGUUUGGACAGUGGUCAAUUCAGACCAGGAAGAGUCUCCGUUGGAUCAGCCGUCCCAUACGUUGGAAGGCAAAGAGUCGGUUGGGGCUGAGGCAGCUUCAACCACACCAAACAUUGAAGUCACAAGAAUGACGAACGACUUGGAAUCUGCACCGACAGCCACUAAUUUUGAGUCAAGUUAUAGCUCCUCCACUGUCGGCAACUUCAAAGGCGACUUGCCUAAUUCUGAAGAGGACUCUUCAGAGGACGACUUUCUCGCCAUGGCAAAACCCAAAACACCUGCAUCGUCGGAGUCUCGAGCUCAAGCAUUACUUUCUCCUACUAAAUCAGCCAAACCAGCAUCUCCAGUACAGUCGGGCGAGCAGAGCCCUGCAUCACCGAGGAGCAAAAAAUCACCUGGCAGCUACCGCGGCAUUGAGGGUACGCAAAAAGUACCCGCCACGAUAGACGAUGACGGUGACUUGUUUCACUUUGAAGAAGAGGGACUCCAACUACCAGAACAUCCCCGCCCGACUCAACCGCCUAUCAACCAGAAGGAGCAAGAUGAUGAGCACUCUGACCAUGAAGAUUCAAACGGAACACCCACCCCCCAGCCGCUCAGCCUCUAUGCCACGUCUCCAGCAGUUCCGAUCACGAAACUAGCUGAUCGAGAACGCGAGCCAGACCCUCCAACUCCUUCUAGGGCUAAAUUUGAACCCAACACCGUCGGGUCUUAUAAGGGUCGGCCGCUGACGAUGCCCAUCAUCCGAAACCCUCAGAUACUGUCCCAGCUGGAGUCAGGCCAAGCAGUCAACGAAGUUGUGGGCAGCGUUCAUCAUCGGGGCCCCGGGGACGAUUUCAAUCCCCUCAGCUUACAGGAGACUAGUGAGCAAAUCAUGGCCUUUAGCGCCUCAAGAAGCUUCAGCGAGCGGCUCAUGAUGGAGGAUAUGAUGGAGGCAGCAAAAGCAAGAUCCACGGAGUCUGGAAAUGCUCCAACAUUACGCGGACAGUGA